AUGUCUGUCACGUUACAUACCUCGCGCGGCGACAUCAAACUCGAGAUCUUCUGCGAAACCGUGCCCAAAACGGCAGAAAACUUCCUCGCCCUCUGUGCCUCCGGCUUCUACAAUGGCAGUCCUUUCCACCGCAUGAUACCCAACUUCAUGAUACAAGGCGGCAGUCCUGCUUCUGACCCCAAGUCCAAGACGUCGACUUCGAUCUACGACACGCCCAAUCAGCUCUUCGAAGACGAAAUCAGGCCUGCACUCAGGCACAACGCACGAGGCAUUGUGAGCAUGGCAAAUAAAGGCCCAUCUACAAAUGGAAGUCAAUUCUUCAUCACUUUUGCCGCGGCGCCACAUCUGGACGGGAAGAACACGGUGUUUGGCAAAGUGCUGGAGGGCUGGGAAGUGCUGGAUGACUUGGAGACAUUGCCAGUAGACAAGAAGUCGAGACCCCAAGAAAGAAUCGAGAUUACAAAGGUUACCAUCCAUGCCAACCCAUUGGCGGGGUAG